AUGCUUUGGGGCCAUUUCAAAUCACGUCGCGGAGGAGCUUUAAAUAUUUGGAGACCCAGGGGGAUGGUUAGUCGGCCUGCUGUGGCGAGGAAGAGCUCUAAGGGGCAAAGGGCACGGAGGAUGGAGAAGGGGUCUUUCUCGGUGGAGUGGCUCGCUCAGAGCAGCCAUGAGAAAGCCCAACCUGCAAGUGGGGUGUCUUCCACGCACCACCCGCCGCGGGGCGACCAGUCCCUGCCCAAGAAUGUAGCCAGAGCCCGCGCCAGCGGCGAUCAAGAGAAGAGAAACCCAGCGCUUACCAGGCCAAGCACUAGGGGCCGAGAGAGGCCGCCUGGGGGCGCCCGGCGGAGUCCGGGAGACCAAGCUGCCCUGGGGGAGCAGGAGGAAAGUGGCCCAAGCAGCGCCGCGUCCAGCCCGAAGGAGGCGGAGGGAGGCGGAGGCGAGGCAGGCGGGGAAGGCAGCGGCUUGGAGAGCUCCAGCUGCACCCAGGCUGGGCGGCCCCGCACCAAGUUCUCGGCCUCGCAGCUGCAGGAGCUGGAGAGGAGCUUCCGCGAGCAGCGCUACAUUGGGGCCAGCGAGAAGCGGCGGCUGUCCAAGGUGCUGAAGCUCUCCCAGACCCAGAUAAAAACCUGGUUCCAGAACCGUCGUAUGAAGUUCAAGCGACAGACCCAAGAUGCCAGGAUUGAAGCUCUCUUUUCAGGCUUACUUUUACCUUAUCCUUACCCAGAGAUCCAGACACCCAGUUAUCCCCCUGGGAUGGAGUUCAACGUCUCCUCUGCUGCUGCUGUGACCUGUUCCCUUCACCCAGCUAUGCCAAGCCCAGCCCUGCUCCUGCCUCCUGCUCCAGCUCAAUCUCUUCAGGCAGUUGUGCCAGCCCCAACCUUGCUGGUGACUGCUGCUCCAGGAUUUUCUUAUCAGUCUACAAUUCCAACGGUCUCUCUAACCCAGAAUCAUAAUAGACUGAGAUUCCAACCAUAUCUUCCUCCCUCUUAAACAUGAAUAAAAGUGCUCUGAGCUGCGAAAUGAACUUUUUAAAAAUGAACUACCUGAAAUC